AUGUAUUGGAGUAUGAUUCGGCUUUUUCUUAUAAAAGGUAUGAGUGGAACAGAUCAUGAAGAGAAGGAUCCUUGUGAAGGUGGGACUGGUGAAGUCAAAUUAAUUAAAGACGAAGACAGUGGCUGUGUUCUAGAAACCCCAGAUGCCUCUGGCCCCAUUGGACUAACUACCCAGAAUCAUGAAAAGCUGACAGCUCCAGUACCAGCAUCAGAUCAAUCUGACAGUGACAAUCAGGAGAGAGAAUUGGGGGACGAGCUGGGAAAAUUCGUGUCGGGCCGCAAGAAGUCAUCCUCCAUUGAUGAAACAUUCCCUGCUUUUGAGUCUACUGAGAAAUUCAGAAGUGGUAAAGUUCCUUCAGAAUGGUUUCCAUACCUUGCCUUGGACCUGGAAGGCAACGUGCAGUGGAAAACUUUUGGGAAAAGUUUAAAUCUAACAGAAGCGGAUAUCCAAAGUAUCGACAAAGACAACAAUGAGGUUUACGAGCGGUAUUAUAAGAUGCUGAAAACUUGGUGGCAGCGCGGUGGUGCCUCAUUUUACAAUCUUGCAUUUGCCCUAAAAGAGCACGAGCUUGAAUCGAUUCGUGACGAUUAUUGUAUAAUGAAAAAGGAUCCACCCGUGAAGAAAGAAGUGGAGUUGCCAAGGAACCUGAAGGAAGGACCAAUUGAUGACAGAGCUUUACAAGCCAUAUCUCAUGACGUUAAGGGAAAACGCAAAAGACUCGGCAGAGCACUUGGGUUAAGAGAUGAUCGAUUGGAUGAUAUCGAGGAGGAAAACCCAAAAGACGCACCCGAGCAGUCCUAUCAAAUACUAAGAGCAUGGAGGAACAAAAAUGGGAAGAAUGCCUCUUACUGUGCCCUUGCACAAGCCUUAUAUGACCGCACCGUCAAUUUGAGUAGAGUUGUAACGGACUUGUGUCUCAAGAAACACCACUGAAAAGGCAACAUAAGAGUGAACUAAUGGAGCCCUAACCUUUAGUCCUAAAAUAAAUAUUUUAAGAAAAUUUCGAGUUAAUUAAAUUUUACAUACUUCAUCUUAGGUAGUAACAUGCAAUCUUGUUGUUGCAAGAAUUUUGUUUACAGACUCUUUUCAUAAAAAGAAUCACAAAUUUGAUGGCGCAGUGUCGGGGAGGGGGUGUGAUCAUCUUUCUGGAUCUGUUACUGGGUCUCUCCAUACACUAGUGGCCACCAAAAUCCAAGUGUUCCUGUGAUAUUUUUAUUUUUGUUGUUGUUUUAAUGUUCACUUGUGACUUGUGCCAUAUUUUUACACACAUUUGAAGCUGGUACAUUCAAAAUACCUUUAAGUAUUGUUAAACAAUAAAAUUAACGCAUAUCCUAUUUAGAAGCAUUUUAAGAGCUUCAUUAUUUUGGUGUUGGGGAAAUGAGUGGAAAAAUAUAUUUUCAUAACUCACUUAAUGAAACUACAAUAAGCUAGAUGUCAUUAUCCCCUAUUUCCAUGGCGGUCUUACUUUACAAGUAGUGUAACUGCUAUGUUUUCCUACUGAGGGAAAGUAGCCCACUUAACCGUAAAAAAUAUAUGUAUUAAGCUGUUAUUGAAUUUUGUUUAAUUUCCAUACUCACCUAUCGUGAAUUCAACAGAGAUACAGAUGUUGAGUUUAGAACUUGUGGUAUAGAUAUACUAAUCAAUUACCUAUUUUACUUUUAUCAAUAACAAAUAAAAAAGAGUUUACCAACAUG